CUUUUUCUGUGCCGCGCUGAGCCCCUUUCCCUGCCGCGUUGCCCUCUCUCUUCAACCUCCAGCCGCUCCUCCCAUCUCACUCCACCACGCCCUCGGCUGCUUGCUCUGCUCGCCGCGCGCGCUCCUCCCUGCGCGCCGCUCAGCCUUGCCGUCGCCCUGUGCGCGUUCUUCUCUGCCAUGGCCGCGCCCUGUUCUCUUCAUCCUACGCCGCGAACCCCGCCGUGGACCUUCCCCGAGCUCGCCCCAUGGCGCCCGGCCGAGCUCCUCCCUGCCGUGUUCUUGCUCAGCGUCCAGUUUUCCUGCGCGCCGCGGUAUUCCUCCCCGAGCUCGCCCCAGCCCCCUGUAUCCCCCAUGGCCGAAGCUUCUUCUAGCUCCAGCUCGGCUCCCUCUCCCAUCGUCUUCUUCCCCGCUGGCAAGCUCUGCGAACGCCACCAUGCAUCUCUGGUGCUCGCCUCCUCCCAGCUCGGACUGCGUCCCCCUCUGCUCGUUCCCCAUGGCGCUCGCCCUCCAGCUGCGGUGCGCCCUGCUCGUGUUCUGGGUUGGUCCGGCCGUCGCAGGCUUCGUCCAGUGUCGUUCCCUGGCCCGCCGCGGUGUCCGUUUCCCUGCGCGUGCGCCCGGGUUCCUGCUCUCUGAUUGCCGCGCGCCCAGCUCGCCUAGUCUGCACGCCGAGCUCCUUCAUCACGGCUUCCUGCUUCCUCGUCAGCGCGUCUCUUUCUCUGGUCUCUUGUGUCGCGCUCGCCCAGAUCGUCGCCGUUGAGUUUCCUGUCACGCUCCCUCAGCUCACUUGCCGCGCUCGCCUCGGCUCCUAGUUCGACGCGCAAUUUUGGAGCUCUGCGCGAACGGCGCAUGGUCUGGUGCUCUGCGGCAAGCGCUUCGUGUGGGUGGUGUGGUUUCCAAACCACAUGAUGCGCUGGCUCGAUGCCCAGACCCCGGCCUCCGUCGUGCUCGUCUGCCUCAGCAGCAAGAACUGCUGCUCGGAGCAGCGGCAGCGACGCCCUCCUUUUUGUCGUGCUCACCAGAUCGGGCCUCAUGUCGUCGAUCUGUACAAUUCAUGUUCGGCUAUCGGUUUUUGCCGGUUGUCGAUUUCCUAUUCGCUAUGGUCAUCACGUCGGUUAUUCCUAUCCGAGCUAGCCUAGCUUGCCAGCCGUCGCGCCAUCUUUACCCGUUAGGCUGUGCGUUGUCUCGAUCACCUCGUUGUGUCGUCGUGGACUUGUCGGCGUACUGUUGUGGUACCUGGAUCACGCUCGCCUCAACUCGAAUAAGUCGUACUGCCAUCCUCUUCGUCGAAUGGAAAUCGUCGCGCUGGCACGUCGAGGUCGUCGAUCGCCAUUCUCGUCUACGCCAAGCCCCAAACAGUGAAGACACUCUGGUGCUGGCCACGCGUCACCAUCUCGACAAAAAGGAAUCCCACGGGUAUUUGGUCAAGAAUGGAAACUAUGUGCCUCGCUCGCCAGACGUGUGUGAUCAAUGACGUCAACCAGAAACCGUCAUCAUGCUUGCAACUAUCACGUCGAAUUAGUCAGGGUAAGUAAAUUUGUUAUUCGUGUUAGUGGAUUGAUGGAUGGACUGACUAGGUAUAAUAUUUAUUAGAUUGCCUGAGUCGCUUUAGUAAAUUGGUCGAUGUUGUAGGAUGAAAGAGGUCUCAAUAGGUCUCAGUGUUUGCGGGACUGUAGGUGUUAAAAAUCAGAAGUUUUAUUAAUAUAUAUGAUACACAGGUUAACCAGU